UCAGGAACUGGCCAGGAACGGACGGACGGACGGCAGUGAAAGAAUCUCAAAACUUUUCCAACACACAGUGCCGCAGUGGGCUGUUUACUGUUUAACUUCGCCUCCGGCUUGUCCCCGAAUGUGAAAAUAACGUUCACGUUGCCAUACUGUGUGCGUCGGUGAUGAAGUGGAUGCUACUGCCUGCUUGGAAGAAGGAAACUUGCGAGAGGAAAAACUUCUGGAAUGAUGCACGAGCGACUGCAUCCCUCCCUCCAAAGUUCAGCUAAGAGGGCCUGCAUCUUGGAUGAAGUGGAGUGUUCUAUAAUGAAGGUGACGGUGACAUUUGGGCAGACGGGUGUGGUGGUGCCCUGCAAGGAGGGGUGGACUGUGAGGGACCUCAUCCAGCAAGCCACACAGAGAUACAGAAAACUCCUGGAACAGGAAGGAGAUUUCCUGGUUCGGACCCACCAUGUUGAGUACUGUGACGGGGGGAUUCUGGACCCCGAUGAUAUACUCAGUGAUCUGGUAGAAGACAAGGACAAGCUGAUGGCGGUGUAUGAGGAGCAGGAAGCCCAGCAGAGGGGUGUGGCUAGCACAAGGCUAGCACCCAGCCCUGACUACCAAUCCGAGCUCUCCGUCUUCCAGCCGAUCGCAGGGGGAGAGAUUGAAGUCAAUUCCUCAGCCUUAAAGUCCAACACCCCCCUGUUGGUGAGAAGCAGCAGCGACUCAGCCCUCAGCCCCCAGCCGACAGAGACCGAACACUCCCUCAAUGAGGACGCCGCCGGGAUGACAGCCAGUCCUGCUGCAGCCACUGUGGAGAGGCCAGCAGGGAUAGACCGACCUCAAGGCAAACAAACCUUCAAUGGCAGCCUGACUAGAACAGUGGAGCUCCUUGGAGAGGACAGUCCCCUGGGAAUCCAUGUGGUUCCUUACAGCUCAUCACUCAGUGGACGGUCUCUUGGUCUGUACAUCCGUGGAGUGGAGGAAGAAAGUCGCUCAAGAAAAGAGGGCUUGUUUCAAGAGGAUGAGUGCAUCGUCAUGAUCAACAACACCGACCUCAUGGACAAGACAUUCAGCCAAGCCCAGGAUGUGUUCCGUCAGGCAAUGCGUUCCCCUGUUGUCCGCUUGGAUGUAGUUCCCUCCUCUAAUAGAGAACGCUAUGAGAAGAGUCUGAUUGGUCAGCUUUUUGGCAACAGUGCCGGUCCCGAGAGCAGCCCCCGAAUCGCCAAGACCAAAGAGCCACCUCCACCUGUCAAAGCCAAACCUGUGUUUAAGCCCUCUGAGAAUCCAACCAUUCGAUUGGCAGAAGAAGCUACCACUGUGGAAGCCGCUAUAAGUACACCCAAGGUGAGGAGUGAGAGCCCCCUCCAUAAGAAAAGUCCUGCCCUCUCUAGCUUGGUGACCAAUAAGAGUGGAGGACGAAGACUGAGGAUCGAUCUAAAGAAAGGUCCAGAAGGCCUUGGUUUUACUGUAGUAACCAGAGAUGCUUCAGUCCACGGUCCUGGUCCUAUUCUAGUCAAAAACAUUCUGGCACGUGGAGCCGCUGUCAAAGAUGGACGCCUGCAGUCUGGAGAUCGCAUACUUGAGGUCAACGGUGUGGAUAUCACAGGUGUGGGCCAAGAAGAGUUAGUAUGUAUGCUACGCAGCACGCGGCAAGGAGAGAGUGUGUGUCUUGUGGUCCUACGGCAGGAAGACAUGUGUCUGCCCCGAGAGAUGAAGGACGAGAUAUCCCGUGUGACAGGCUUUGUUCCGGAGAACGGGAAGGAGCAGCUCAUGUUUGAGGUUCCCCUUAAUGACACCGGCUCGGCAGGCCUGGGCAUCAGCCUCAAAGGAAACAAGUCCAGGGAGACGGGAGAGGACCUGGGCAUCUUCAUUAAAUCCAUUAUACAUGGAGGGGCAGCAUACAAGGAUGGGCGUCUGUGUGUCAAUGACCAGAUGGUAGCAGUAAACGGAGAGUCGCUGCUGGGACGCUCCAAUCACGUGGCCAUGGAGACGCUUCGCCGCUCUAUGUCACAGGAGGGCAAUGUAAGGGGGACAAUCCAACUAGUGGUGCUGAGGGCUCAAAAGGAUCAACAAGGGGGGUCACCCAGUCGCUCAUUUGACAGCUCCUCUGGCCUGUCAGGACUGGUGGGUCCAGUGAACGGUCAGACUAACUGCAGUCCCUCUCCCAUGGUGAACAACAUUCUUUAUGCAUCUAAUGUGACCAAUGGGAGUUAUUCUUACAUGGACGAGGAAGAGGAGGGGGAGCUGUAUGGACAUGAAACAGAGUUUCGCAGCACUAACCAACACUCCUAUCUACAAGAAAGGGAAAACUCUCACACCUCUAGCCUUGCUCAGCCCCAGUCUCCUACCCAGAACCAGGACCAGUGGCAGUUCCAGCAUGUCAAAGCCUCGAAGAGCAUGGACUUGGGUACGACUCAGAAUCAGCAGCACACUGUGGCAGAUGAAAGCAACGUUGGAUCCUUGGUUGGAAACACUGCAGCUCCAUCAACUCCUGUGGAACUCGGCCCUACCCUCGGCUUGAAGAAGUCCAGUUCCUUGGAGAGUCUCCAGACAGCCAUGUCAGAGGUUAACAGAAAAAACGAACUCCUCCCCUUCCAUCGACCUCGCCCAAAUAUGGUCAGAGGAAGAGGCUGCAACGAGAGCUUCCGAGCAGCUAUUGAUAAAUCCUAUGAUGGACCACCUGAAGAUGACGAUGAUGAUGGUUCGGAGCAGAGUUCAGGCCGGGACACCCCGGCAAGUAGUUCAUCUCGCCAGGGAGUGGAGGAUCGAACAGAGGAAAAAGGCAAAAAAGACAAGAAAAAGAAACCAAAAACAAAGAAGAAGGAAAAGAACAAGGGGAAAGUAAAAGAGAAAGGGAAAAAGAAAGCAGAGGAGCCUGAGGACACAGAGAAAAAGAGCAAGAAAAUAGGCUUUGGCCUGCUGAGAUUCGGGAAGAAAAAAGAGGAUAAGAAGGACUCAAAAACAGCUCUCCAGCAACAGAAGUCAGGCCUUCUGAGUGAUCAUGAGUUUGAGAGGAUGAAAGAUGAGAGGGAAAGGAUCGAGGCAGGGCAUCCUGAGCUGCGAGAGCAACGGCUCAGAGACCAGCAAGGUGGCAGUGGCGGGUCAGCGUAUCCGGAUGUCGAAGAUGACGACACAGACCCCAACUACGCCCGAAUACAAUCCUUCAGGAACCGUGAAAUGGGUCCAAUGCCACUGCCACCUUCUCAGUCACCUCCCUACAGUACAAUUCAGCACACCCAUCCUGGCAACCCUUCCCCCCAAGGCCGUUCUGCCUUACCAGGGCAUGAGAAUCAUGGUAACGACCCUGGAGCCAUCCCUGAUGGUGACCCCCUUGAUAGGCUGUACGCCAAAGUCAAUAAACCAAGGGGAGCUGGAACUACAUCCCCUCCUGUCUCUGCUACUGCUAAUGACAGCAGUGUGGACAGGAUCCAGCAGCUAAGAAGGGAAUACCAGCAGGCAAGGAGAGAAGGAAUGGUGCCGCCUUAUGAAGAACUGGACCCACGACGCAGAGGACAUGAAAACGAUGCACACAGGAUGCCAGGCAGAGGGACAGAUCAUCGGUUGGCACCACGUUAUGAAGAGGUGGAACGUCAGUAUGCAUCCUUACCAAGACGAGGUCCGUUGGAUCCAGCUGACUACCCCAUGCAGCACUGGUCAGGUCAUUACCCCGGACCUCCUCAGGCCCCACAGGGAUACUCUCAGUCCCCGUCCUACCCUAACCCCAACUCCCAGUCUGCCCCGUCCUACCCUAACCCCAACUCCCAGUCUGCCCCGUCCUACCCUAACCCCAACUCCCAGUCUGCCCCGUCCUACCCUAACCCCAACUCCCAGUCUGCCCCGUCCUACCCUAACCCCAAUUCCCAGUCUGCCCAAUCUUACUCCGGCUACUCACCUGGUCAGCCAUAUGCACGGCCAGGUGACCCUCGGAGCGUCGACCCUGGGUACUACCCCCACCCAAGCUCCCAACAGAGAGGCCCCUUGCGGCAGGAUGUGCCCCCAUCUCCUACCCCGCCACUUCGUGGACUACGGUACGACACAUUGACGCGUGGAACCAGGGGUGGAGGUUACAGGCACCUGGUGGAUCCCAGUCCAGACCAGUAUGGCUAUACUGGGGAGGGAGGAAGACAGCAACACCAAACCAACCCAAGACAGAAGAAUGCCAUGACUGCAGCUGUGUAAACCAAUCAGGUCCAGAGAUGAAAAUGAGCAGAAUGCUAACUGUUUUGUGUUGUGCAGCUCUUCUAUUUGCGGUACUCCAUUGAAAUAGAGUUGAAACCUCUUAAUGGUAUGAUUUGAAUCACCAUCAUUAUCAAACGCAGUCUACGCUGUUUGAAGUAUAUGGUAAUACACAGACAAGCAAGGUAAAGGAGGUUAAUUAUAGAGUGGCCCAGCGUGAUGUAUAAUGGCUGGUUGUUUGAAGUCAUUUGAAUUGCUUCUCGCAGUAUAAAAUUAGCAGGCUUUUUACUUUUCACUAUACUCUGAUUAAGUCAUCUCUUUCACGAAUCAGUCCGAGCCACGAAAAUAAUUGGAUUAAUUUAAAUAAAGACGUACAUACAGCUCUACACAUUCUCAUAUUGUACCUGGUGGUUUCACUGCUGCCGCUUCACAAACAAGACAAAACACAAGAUAUUCUACAAUGUAACAUGGGGUAACAUGUUAACCUUGUGGCUGUGUGUGGCCAUUCAUAGAAAUAAAAGACACCGUUUAGCAUCAGUAUUUCUGUGCGAUAAAGCCAAAUGUAUUCUUGAGACUGAAGCAGGUUGUGUAUACAAAGAAGUGAUCAUAAAGCUUUAAGUCUCCGCUUGAGAGUGAGUUGAGAUGUAGAAGAUGAUGGAAAAUGUCUCUGCAUUCCAAAACUGUGAAUAUCAACAACGUGAUAUAUGCUAGUACGUUAGUAACGGCUGCUGAAACAAAACAAUCACCUGUCACCUGACACUCUGACGAUAUAUGCAUCCAUGAAAGAUUAACAAUGACAAAUCUACACGGCAUUUAAAAUGUGGGCAUCAGUUACAGUAUGUUAUUAAAUGAAGAGUAUUUUGAGGCCUAUUAACUUAUUUUGCCAAACAGGGAGAAUGCCACUAUACCAGCCUAUAUUCAAGUAUAGAUGUACUUGUGACAAGUCUGAUGUAUCGCGUACAGUAUUGUUUAGUCAAUGAAUUAUGGAAACAGUUGAAUAAUUGAAGUGCUCUAUAAAGCACAAUAGAGCACUGUAUGAAUUAUAUUUACAUGUAAUAAUGUUUUUAAUAAUGCUAUGACUGCCUUUCAUUUAUAUCUGAAAAUAUUUCCCCCAAUAGGGAUGAGUUUAAACCUAUUUUUCAGUACAGGACUAGGUAUAUUCUGAAUCUGAAACCACACCUGGUUGUUGGUUUACAGCACUUAUGAAUGGCUCUGUUCCUGCUUUAAAAUGAUCCUGGGAUACAACAUGUUUAGCCACUUUUGUGGAAGUACUGAAUCUCAAAUUUACAUUUAUUGAUAUAAAUUUAACAUCAUAUCCCCAUUAUUGAACUUACAUUUGUCUUUGAAUAGUUAACCUUAUUGAAAGUGACCUCAACUUGAAUGUAUGGAAUCUUCUUUGGUUACAUUUUCACAGUCACCAGUACUCAAUCCAUAGUACAGCCUGUGUUUAUUGAAUCAUUCCAGAGUGGUUGGAGUUUUUUCUCACUUUUUGGUUUUCCAUCAGACAUCCUAUUCAGAGAUAAAUAAUCUAUUGCUUUAAACAGCAACCUGAAAACCACUUUCAUCAGAGUGGUAAUAUCAACCUAUGAGCUUUGACAUACUGGAAGAAGCUCUGAGAAGAACAAUGCGACCAUUUUAGUAAUAACGCUGCAACCUCAAUAGAGCGAGUCAAUACACACACCGACGAUUUGACGCUUCACUCUACACCGUUAAAGCUUUUUAUUUCUGCUUUUUCUUCUAAUGAGAGUAACACAAUAGUUUUCAGGGAAGGGCACAUAUGUGAUAAUGGUGCUUUAACAUGAUAGACAGUGAUGUGAAAUAAGUUGGGCAAUUGCAAGAAAUUGGCAAAAACUCCAAUAAUAGUGGAAUAGUUCUUUGUUCCAUACAGUUCAGUCAAACCACUACAAUGGGCAAUUUUGUCACCAUUUGCAGGCUUUAUGUGCCGGAGCAGAGUAAAAUGUUUAUGCCUUGGAGAUGUCCAUGUUGGGUCAACCAGACAGAAAAGCCAAGCAUUUAACUGCCCCUGUUGCAGAGCUCAUUUUCACUCUAUACUAUAUAGCAGCCUCUUUCUUUCUCUGCGUUGUCUGUGUAUGCCAUUUACUGUAGUUUGGAUGCGAUAGAUGUUCGUGGCACAUCUCUGUGACCUGGUGGUGUAGGCGUCACCGUGUGGUGAAGUGUUCACAAGUCCUGUUGAAACAUGAGUUCAGCUUCAGAGUGCUCUUCUCAGUGCUGUGCCACAGUGUACAGUAUAUCCAUUUAGCCACUUGCUACACCAUCAAUUAAGUGUAACUAAGAGUUAGAGUGCAGCUCAGCAUUUCCGUGUUUCAUUCUACAAAGCUCAGCAGUAUUAUUUUCAAUGGAGAUUAAAUGUUUAAAUUGACAUUUUAGGAUUAGGUGAAUUGCAUUUUUGUUAAUUUGAUUGAGGAUGAAAUCCCACUGAAGUGAAUGUAAGAAUGAAGAAAUUGGACUAACACCCAAAUUACGUCUGUGUUUUAUCUCAAAACCAUCUCAUUUGCUUGUUUGUUUGACAGAUGUGGAUCUUGACUGGAAAGAGGAAAGUAGGAGGGUUAGAGGGGUAAAGAUUACAGAAAAACAGAGAAAGAAGGAAAGAGAGAAAUAGAGUAGAUAGGAAGGAAUAAUGAAAUGGACGUAGAGAAGGAAGAGGGAUUAAAGAAAGAAGCAAUAGACUUAAAGUGUGCAUGGAGGGAUGUGGAAGAGAUGGUAAGAACACAUGCAGUGCAAGGCCAAAGCCUUUAUGGUUCACAAUGGUUCGAUUCAGAGAGUUUUCAAAGAACAGAGCAGAGAGAACUGAGUAAAAGUUCUUAAAUAGUUGGGAGGCAGUUGUUCUGCAGAAGGAGGAGGGUUACAGGAGUGGGCUUUAUAUUGACUGAAUGUAACUUUUGGAAUUACUUAGAAAUGUGUCUUUUUUUAUACUUUUAUCACUUUUUAGCACCAGUAUGGAAAUCAAACAUUCAAAUCAAACUGUCAAGGUAUUACUGAAAGUACAAGAAUUAGGAGAUUGGCCUGGUGGUCAAGUAUGGAGAAGUGACACCAAAAUAGUUCACAUGCCCCUUUAGAUCAUUCACUUAUUUUGCUCAGUGUUAACAUUAACCACAGUAGCAAAUAGGGUUAACUCCACAAUGCUGAAUAGAAUAAUGUGCCUAGCAUUACCUCAGAUGUUACAAAACAUGCAGUAGGUCAAUAAUAAAUGGCAGUUUGCUUGUAAUUAAUCUACGUGUAAAAUGUGAAGUGAAAGAAGGGGAAACCAUAAACACAAAACAUAAAUGUAAUAUGACAACAACAAAUUAUAUUGUUGUAUGCUUCCAGGACCUUCAGGGUCCUGGAAGACAUUAUAAAUAAUCAUCUACACUGCUGAAUUGUAGCCAAUAUACCAAAACAAAAAGUGUUCUGUACAUUACUAAAAGGUCAAUUGUAUUGCUUUGGAUAGUCAUAGCUGCCUAUAUUUUACAGCAUGUUAUGGAGCACCAGAGAAAAUUAUCUACUGGGGGACACACUCACAUGGACGAUUUUGGUAUCGUCAUUCCAAAACCAGAAUGCAGAAGGUGGAAGAUGUUGUCUUAAUUGUGUGUCUCUCAAUGCUGCAUCAGUGCCUGGUGAAGCUUUGCUGAGCUACAGUAUAUUGAGAUAAGAACACUACGUGAAGGUUUAUUAUUGUUACUCCUCUGGUGUUGGUAUGCAAUUCACAUGUACUCUUCAAAUGCAUUUUUUUUUAUAUACCGGUAUAUAUAUUUCUUUUUAAUAAUAGUUAGUGUUGUUGGUUGGUCAUACCAGAGCCACGGAGUGUUUGGCCACUGUUAACCAUGCUACUGUAAGAAAGCAGUUUUCAUCACUUAUUUAGCCAAAUUUAGUUAAUGUUGGUUUUUUUUUCUCAGUUUUGGAUAUGCAAUUGCAUCAAAAUAAUAAACUUUACAAGCAAUUUUCAACUUGCUCUUUUAAAAUUGGGAAGAAAAAUAAAUUGUGGCUGUUUGCAUAGCAUGGUUAACACGUCAAACAAUCGGCAAGUAUGGCUCUUUGGUUUUUGUCAGAACAGUAUGAGUUGCACAAGCUGAAGGUACUAACCAGAGUCUUCUAUGUAAAGAGUUGUGGUACGCCUGGUUCUCCCUGUACAGAGACCAGUAUAUGAAGGAGCCAACUAAACAACCUCUCUGUCUUAGAAGUAUAACAUUUUUAUUAAACUGCUUAUAUCCAAAAAGCCAAUCUCAUUUUAUAAUGUUGUAACAAUAACAAUGAUUACUAUUAUUGUUUUCUUACAUUUUAUAUUUAUGUAUAUAACAUCUUUUUUUCCCCAUUAAAAUAUUCUUUUUAAAACAG